AUGGAUUAUGGAACUAGUUAUAAUAACAGUCAUCUAAGUGGGAGUGAAGAAAAAAUGGAUAAUAUAGCUGAAGAUAGAUAUGUGGAUAUGGUGAAUGAUGCAUUUUGUGAUAAUUUUCGUCAAGAUGAUAGCUAUUGUCUAGAUGAGAGUAAUGAAAAUGUAGAAGAACCUGUACGUAAUCAUCCCAAAAAUUUUUACGACUUGUUAGAAGCUGGGAAAAAACCAUUAUACGAUGGUUGUCAUGAAGGGCAUUCACAGUUAUCUUUAGCUGCUCGGUUCAUGCAAAAUAAGAUAGAUUAUAAUAUGAGUGAAAAAUGUAUGGAUUCAUGGGCCGCAUUGUUUACUGAGUAUUUACCAGAUGGAAAUCAAGCAACCAGUUCUCAUUACGAGACAGAGAAAUUGAUGGGAAACCUAGGCCUUCCUUUUCAUAAAAUUGAUGUUUGUAUCAACAAUUGUAUGAUCUUCUGGAAAGAGGACGAACAUUGGGAGAACUGUAAAUUUUGUCAAGCACCAAGAUAUAAGCAAGUCAAGGAAGGACGGCGAUCAAGAACCAGAAUACCAUAUAGUCGUAUGUGGUAUCUACCUAUAGCUGAUAGAUUAAAGAGAAUGUAUCAGAGCGAGAAGACAGCAGCGGCUAUGAGAUGGCAUGCUGAACACCAAGCCAAGGAUGGAGAAAUGUCACAUCCCUCUGAUGCUGCUGAGUGGAAAUAUUUUCAAGAUCUACAUCCUCAGUUUGCUGAAGAACCCCGAAAUGUUUAUCUUGGAUUAUGUACAGAUGGGUUUAAUCCAUUUGGCAUGUCUCGUAAUCAUUCUUUAUGGCCUGUGAUUUUGACCCCAUAUAAUUUACCUCCUGGUAUGUGCAUGAGGACAGAGUAUUUGUUCCUGACGAUAUUGAAUUCAGGGCCAAAUCAUCCACGAGCCAGUCUUGAUAUAUUCCUCCGACCUCUUAUUGAUGAGUUAAAAGAUCUAUGGUCUACUGGAGUGAAUGCAUAUGAUGUGUCCCUGAAACAAAACUUUAAUUUAAAAGCUGUGCUGCUGUGGACGAUAAGUGACUUUCCAGCAUACGGUAUGUUAUCAGGAUGGACUACUCAUGGUAAAUUGUCUUGUCCAAUUUGCAUGGAAGAUACAAAGGCUUUUUAUCUCCCUAAUGGAAGGAAGACAUGUUGGUUUGAUUGUCACAGAAGGUUUCUUCCACAAGAUCAUCCAUUAAGAAAAAAUAAAAAAGACUUUUUGAAGGGUAAAGGCAUGAGUGACUACCCACCAGAGUCUUUGACUGCUGAGCAAAUAUAUUCUGAGCGGAUAGAAUCUGUGAAUCCUGGUAGAACAUUUGAGUGCGGUGGAAAUGGUCAUGAAAAAAAGAAGGCUGGAUAUGGUAAGUGGCACAACUGGCACAAAGAAAGUAGUUUCUGGGAGUUGUCGUACUGGAGGGACCUUAAUCUCCGGCAUAAUCUUGAUGUGAUGCAUAUAGAAUAA